GAGUCAUGGAAGGGCAGGGAGGCUCUCCCCAUCCAACCACCUGGCUUGGGCUUCCCUGCAGGCCUCCCUUCUUCCUUUCAUGGAAUUCAGCUAGUAUUGGAGGUAACCCAGCUGUACCAAGUGUCCACUGUGGGGGUACACAGACACACAGGUGUACAUGUGAUCCUGAAGCUCCACGCCAGACCUCAGAAAACUGGCCUCCCUGUGGAGAAAGCAGUGUCACAGAAAAGGACAGAUGCAAGCAAGGAGUAUCAGCCAGGAAAGGGAAGGAAGGAGUCAUGCAGGAGCAGAGGGGAGACCCCUGCUGCUGACAGUGGAACUGUGUGACAAACCUGAAGUGCUGCUUCCCUCUAGUGGUAGCCGGUUGCCCUGCAACUCGGACCAACCACGUGAUUUCUGGGAAUGGGAAGUCCCUGAAGGAAAACUGAAACUUAGGGUGGGGACUCUAGAAAGGGGUGGAGAGAUAAUACAGCGGCCUAGCUAAAAGCUCAGGUGCACUGAGCCCUGGAACAGCCCGGACAGCAGCUCAGGAUGGCAUCAGGCAGGGCUCGCUGCACCCGGAAGCUCCGAAGCUGGGUGGUGGAACAAGUGGAGAGUGGGCAGUUCCCAGGGGUGUGCUGGGAUGAUGAGCCAGCUAAGACCAUGUUCCGGAUUCCCUGGAAGCAUGCAGGCAAGCAGGACUUCCGGGAGGACCAGGAUGCCCUCUUCUUCAAGGCCUGGGCAGUAUUUAAGGGAAAGUACAAGGAGGGGGACACACGAGGCCCUGCUGUCUGGAAGACUCGUCUUCGCUGUGCCCUCAACAAGAGUCCAGAAUUUAAGGAGGUUCCUGAGAGAGGCCGUAUGGAUGUUGCUGAGCCCUACAAGGUAUAUCGGCUGCUGCCUCCAGGAACCCUGCCUGCCCAGCCAGGGACCCAGAAAUCAUCAAAGCGACACCGAAGUUCUGUGUCUCCACAGAGGGAGGAGGAGGAAGAGACCGUGAAGAGCUGCACACUCAGUCUAUCCUGCCUCCAGGACCCCUUCAGUAAUGAGGAGGCGAGAGCCGCUGGCAGAGCAGGCCACCUAGACAGUGGGAGCUGCAGCAGCAGCCCUGACCCACAGGAAGGUGCAGACAGCACUGAGGCUCAGGAGGAUCAGACGGAGCAUCUGCUCCCCCAGAACCCAGACUACUCGCUGCUGCUCACCUUCAUCUACAGUGGGCGUGUGGUGGACCAGCGCCAGGUGGACAGCCUGGACUGUCGCCUUGUGGCCGAGGCCUCCAGCUCUGAGAGCACCAUAACACAGGUGAUAUUUCCCAAGCCUGACCCAGGAGAGCCCAGCCAGCGCCUGCUGAGCCAGCUCGAAAAAGGCAUCCUGGUAGCCAGCAACUCCCGAGGCGUCUUUGUGCAGCGCCUUUGUCCCAUCCCCAUCUCCUGGAAUGCACCCCAGGCCCCACCUGGCCCGGGCCCACAUCUGCUGCCCAGCAACAAGUGCAUGGAGCUCUUCAAAACUGCCUGCUUCUGCAGAGACUUUGACAGGUACUCCCAAGGCCUGGGCCCCCCACCCAAGUCCCAGGUAACACUGCAUUUCUGGGAAGAGAGCCCUGGCCCCAGCCAUACUCUACAGAAUCCUAUCACGGUGCAAAUGGAGCAAGCCUUUGCCCGGCAUUUACUGAAGGAGACGCCAGAGGAGCAGAGAGCCCCUCUGUUCCUGAUGUAGAGCCGAGGAUCCACCUGCCACUUCCCCUCUAUUCCUCCUGUCUCCUUUGGAAAGGACUCCCUUCCAAAUUGUUACUGCUCUUUUUUUUUUUUUGGUACUGGGGAUUGAACUCGGGACCUUGCACUUUCGAGGCAGGCGGCGGAACCACUGAGCUAAAUUCCCAGCCCUCCCUUCCGAAUUGUUGCUCGGCCUUCCUUUGUGUUUACUCCAGUAUGAUCUGCCUCCGCGUUGUCCUGGAACUUCUAUGCACCCUGACUGGUGGAGAACACUUUAUCCUUUGACAGUAUUUUUUUUGAAACAUGCUCUCUUUUAUCCCUAAGGAACUGGGAACUUUCCAAGUAGUAUGAACUCAGGGGUCCUUUCCUUCUUCCCCAAGCCUCAACUCUAAAGCUAAGCACUUUAUAUUUUCUUCCUAGGUCUUCACUAAGGAUCUAAAAUAAAAUUUUAUUCAAAGGAGAA